AAGGCUGAAUCGAUGCUGAGCAUGACGUCAUGGUCGUUGUUUCGAAUGUCGGGAGGUAGCGCUGGGUAGGAGGCCGCGAGCUCUGCUGGGGACACAAUUUAUACAAAUCUGAAACCCAAGGUCGUCGACAGCCCUCGGUACCUUGUAUUUCAGGAAUAUCCUCUCCCAUCCCCCUUGCCCCCUCUGUCAGAGCAUGGCUCAGGAGACCAAUCAGACGCAGGUGCCAAUGCUUUGCACUAUGGGAUGUGGUUUCUAUGGUAAUCCCCGAACCAACGGCAUGUGCUCGGUCUGCUACAAGGAACACCUCCAGAGACAACAGGGAGGGGGGCGAUCCAGCCCGCCAGGAGAGAAAGCUGCUACAUCACCGGCAGGAUCGGCGGGUUCAGCUGGUGUGACUGUGGAGGGUACAAGCUCAGAGCCCAGUACAGAGGUGGCAGGAACCCCACCUGAGGAACAAACAAGCAGUCCCAGCUCUCCCAGCCCAGUGACCCAACAGAUGACCGCUAUGAGCAUCUCCCAGGAUUCGGGAGCUGUAGACUCUGAUCGAGCGGAGGCUGAGGAGGGAGAAGAGGAGGGUACUAGCAGCAGCUCAGAGCCAGUAGGGGAAGCAGCACAGGCUUUGUCUGAUAAUGACCAAACUCCAGAUAAAAACAAGAAAAAGAACCGCUGCUUUUCUUGCCGGAAGAAAGUAGGCCUCACUGGUUUUGACUGUCGCUGCGGGAACCUGUUCUGUGCCAUUCACCGUUAUUCUGACAAACACGACUGUCCCUAUGAUUACCGGAGUGCAGCUGCUGCCCGUAUACGCAAGGAGAACCCCAUCGUGGUGGCUGAGAAAAUUCAGAAGUUGUGAGGACGGAGUGCA